CUCUCUCUUGUUCUUCUUCUUCAUCUUCUUCCUCUCGUCACUUUUUUUUUUUUAAUAAUUUCUCUCUGUGUUGUGUUCAUGCCCGACGCGAAAUUGAGCCACCUCGUCUCUGCUUCAGGGAAGGGGAUCUAGAAGCUCUUCGCAUCUAAACGGAGAGAGAUGGCGCAGAGUAGUACAUCUCAUGACUCUGGCCCACAGGGGCUUAUGAGGCGGCCAUCUCGUAGUGCUGCCACAACAGUGUCGAUUGAAGUUUUUGAUCAUGAGGUGGUUCCGGCCUCCCUUGGUACCAUUGCACCUAUUCUACGUGUUGCUGCAGAGAUUGAACAUGAGCGCCCCCGUGUUGCCUAUCUCUGUCGAUUUUAUGCAUUCGAGAAAGCUCAUAGGUUGGAUGCAAGCUCUAGUGGAAGAGGUGUGAGGCAGUUCAAGACACUUCUCUUUCAAAGAUUAGAAAGGGACAAUGCUUCAAGUCUUGCUUCUAGGGUGAAGAAAACUGAUGGGCGGGAAGUUGAGAGCUUCUAUCAACAAUAUUAUGAGCACUAUGUCAGGGCACUUGAUGAAGGAGAUCAAGCAGACAGAGCUCAGCUUGGUAAAGCAUACCAGACAGCCGGAGUGCUCUUUGAAGUGCUCAUGGCAGUUAACAAGAGCGAGAAAGUUGAAGCAGUAGCUCCUGAGAUCAUUGCAGCUGCUAGAGAUGUCCAAGAAAAAAAUGAAAUUUAUGCACCGUACAACAUUCUUCCACUGGAUUCUGCUGGGGCUUCACAGUCCGUUAUGCAGCUUGAGGAGGUCAAAGCCGCUGUAGCUGCCUUGGGGAACACUCGCGGAUUGAACUGGCCAUCUGGAUUUGAGCAGCACCGAAAGAAAACCGGAAAUCUGGAUCUUCUUGACUGGUUAAGAGCUAUGUUCGGAUUUCAGAGAGACAAUGUCAGAAAUCAGAGGGAACAUUUGGUUUGUUUACUUGCUGAUAAUCACAUAAGGUUGACUCCUAAGCCAGAACCUCUAAACAAGCUCGAUGACAGAGCCGUUGAUGCCGUAAUGACAAAGCUCUUUAAGAACUACAAGAACUGGUGCAAAUUUUUAGGACGUAAACACAGUUUAAGGCUUCCUCAAGCUGCUCAAGAUAUACAACAGAGGAAGAUACUAUAUAUGGGCUUGUAUCUUCUCAUCUGGGGUGAAGCUGCAAAUAUUCGCUUCAUGCCAGAGUGCUUGUGCUAUAUUUUCCACAAUAUGGCUUAUGAACUCCAUGGUCUCUUGGCUGGAAAUGUCAGCAUCGUUACUGGAGAAAAUAUUAAGCCUUCUUACGGUGGAGAUGAUGAGGCAUUUCUACGGAAGGUCAUUACACCAAUCUACCGUGUAGUUCAAAAGGAAGCAAAUAAGAAUGCGAAUGGAAAGGCUGCUCACUCAGAUUGGUCCAACUAUGAUGAUCUGAACGAAUAUUUUUGGAGUCCUGAUUGCUUCUCUCUGGGCUGGCCAAUGCGUGAUGAUGGAGAUCUUUUCAAAUCAACCCGUGAUAUGACACAGGGAAAAAAGGGAUCAAUAAGAAAAGGGGGAAGGACAGGCAAAUCAAAUUUCACUGAAACUCGAACAUUUUGGCACAUAUAUCAUAGUUUUGACAGACUGUGGACAUUCUAUCUAUUAGCACUCCAGGCAAUGAUCAUUCUUGCAUUUGAACGAGUAGAACUGAGGGAAAUCUUACGGAAGGAUAUUUUAUAUUCUCUCUCCAGUAUCUUUAUUACCGCAGCUUUUCUACGCUUCCUUCAAAGUGUCCUGGACGUUAUCUUAAACUUUCCAGGUUUCCACAGGUGGAAAUUUACCGAUGUUUUGAGAAAUAUUCUCAAGAUCAUUGUCAGUCUCGCUUGGUGUGUUGUGUUACCCCUAUGCUAUGCCCAGUCUGUCUCUUUUGCUCCUGGCCAGCUGAAACAAUGGCUAUCAUUUCUUCCACAAGUUAAAGGCGUUCCUCCGCUUUAUAUCAUGGCUGUAGCAUUGUACUUGCUUCCAAAUGUACUGGCAGCUAUCAUGUUCAUUUUUCCAAUGCUUCGACGCUGGAUCGAGAAUUCAGACUGGCAUAUAUUUAGAUUGCUCUUGUGGUGGUCACAGCCAAGAAUUUAUGUUGGAAGAGGGAUGCAUGAAAGUCAAAUUGCACUCAUAAAGUAUACGAUUUUCUGGCUGUUGCUUUUCUGUUGCAAAUUUGCAUUCAGUUACUUUCUACAGGUGAAACUUUUGGUGAAGCCAACUAACGCAAUUAUGAGCAUUCGCCAUGUAAAAUACAAAUGGCAUGAGUUUUUCCCAAAUGCUGAGCACAACUAUGGAGCAGUGGUGUCGCUCUGGUUACCAGUUAUCCUGGUUUAUUUUAUGGACACCCAAAUUUGGUAUGCUAUAUUCUCCACAAUAUGUGGUGGUGUCAUUGGGGCCUUUGAUCGUUUGGGAGAGAUACGAACACUUGGAAUGCUAAGGUCAAGGUUUCAAUCAUUACCUGGAGCAUUUAAUACGUAUCUUGUUCCUUCUGAUAAAACAAGGAGAAGAGGGUUUUCCUUGUCAAAAAGAUUUGCAGAGGUCACUGCUGCAAGAAGAACUGAAGCGGCAAAAUUUUCCCAACUCUGGAAUGAAAUAAUUUGCAGCUUCCGUGAGGAAGAUCUAAUCAGUGACAGGGAGAUGGAUCUGUUGCUUGUUCCAUACACUUCAGACCCUAGUUUGAAACUAAUUCAGUGGCCACCGUUUUUGCUUGCAAGCAAGAUACCAAUAGCAUUGGAUAUGGCAGCUCAAUUUCGAACAAAAGAUUCUGACCUCUGGAAGCGCAUAUGCGCAGACGAAUACAUGAAAUGUGCUGUCAUUGAAUGCUACGAAUCAUUCAAACAUGUCUUGCACACCUUGAAUCUAAAAGGAUACCCGUACUCCGACGUGUUUCUUCCAUUCAAGCUACUGGCUGUCUAA